CUCAUUCACUUUGCCCGACUACCCUUUUUCCUUUCUUCUCCAAGCGCAACUCCGACACCCACUUCCACCUUCCUAUGGAUUUUCCCAGAUUUGGUUUUCUCUUUUUCCAUUUUCUUCCCUUCUCCUCCAUUUGCCUGCGCUCAACGUCAGCCCCUUCCUACUAGCAUAGUAGCAUUCUCUUCAUCUUAUUUACUUCCUCCUUUCGCCCAUUGCUCCCUCCCUCUGCUCUCACUGCCCAUUAGGCUUUCUUUCUCCUUUUUCUGUGCAUUACCUAUACCCUGGCCCUAUUUUCUUUUGCAAACUAUUCUUUGCUUUGUUUUCAAAUUCAGUUUCGUUUUGGACGGAGAUUCUGCUACUGCUUACUUUGAUGGUGUUUUUGUCCUCCUCCUAUUGGAGGUUCGAGACCUGGCUUUGCUUUGAAAUUAGGGUUAGAGAUUAUUUUUAUAUCUUCUAGAUUUAUCGAGCAUGUCUCCUGCUAGGACGCCCGAGGGCGAUGAUGGAGUCCCAUAUUCAUUCGCUGUUGAGUAUAACGGACCGCCGGUUGCCUUCGAUCUUCCCAAGGCUGUGCCCAUAAGCGUUGAGAAAAUCCCGGUGGCUGCAGUGGUUUCUCAGGUUCCCUUAUCAGAUAAACGAUCCUUGCCGGUUGUCCAACCGCUCUUGGCGCCGGAACCUCCGAGGGGGAGAUUCUCCAAGGAGCUCAACCCACUUGGCUCUGAACCCUCGGUUUCCCCGACUUCGGUCAUUGCCUUUGAUCCGAGUAGGGAGGAUGGUGGCGGUAGCUCGUCGAAAGAACUAGAGUUAGGUUCCGAAAGAACAGUGUCCCCAACUUCCGUGAUUGCCUUUGAAGAUAGUGUUACGCAGGGUAAUGUGUGUGAGUUAUCGGGUGAAUUGAGUAGCUCGGGAGCAUUUGAGUUCUCGAAUGGGAAUUACGUCUCUGGUGAAUUGUCGGACGUGGCGGUCAGCUCCAGGGUGCUAGACUCCAACUCUAUUAGUCACGAACACUCGCACGAGUUACUGAGGGAUGCUGGAAGCCUGAGCACUGGGGAAUUUUCCGACAGUUUUGACAAGUCAGGAAGAAGCUCGAGUGUUUUGAGGACUUCGAACUGUGGAAAAGAGAGUUUUGAUUGUAAUGAUUCAAAUCAACAAGAUUGGGGUUCCACUGAAUCUGUGUUGAGUUUAGAUUAUCCGUCCUCCAGGGUUUAUUCCUUAAAGACUGCGGAUUGUGACAAUGAGCCAGAUUGUGAUUCUAUACGCCCUCAUAUUGUUACAUUCAACGUCGACUCGGAUGACGCUUUAAAUGAGGAAUGCGAAGAAGAGAGUGAAACAAGACCAGUGAAAAGAGAACCUCUAACAAAGGGAAAGAAAGGGUCAUGCUAUCGAUGCUUGAAAGGAAAUAGAUUCACUGAAAAAGAAGUUUGCCUUGUUUGCGAUGCAAAGUAUUGUAGCAAUUGUGUGUUAAGAGCUAUGGGGUCAAUGCCUGAAGGACGUAAAUGUGUCACUUGCAUAGGAUUCCCAAUUGACGAGUCAAAACGAGGGAAUUUGGGAAAAUGUUCUCGGAUACUCAAACGACUGCUUAAUGACUUGGAGGUUCGACAGAUAAUGAAGGCGGAGAGGUCUUGUGAAGUAAAUCAGUUGCCAGCUGAAUACAUUUGUGUGAAUGGAAAUUCUCUUUCUCCUGAGGAACUGGUUACUCUGCUGAACUGCCCAAAUCCUCCGAAGAAGCUUAAGCCAGGAAAUUAUUGGUAUGAUAAAGUAUCUGGUCUGUGGGGGAAGGAAGGACAGAAGCCUUCCAGAAUUAUUAGUCCCCAUCUAAAUGUUGGGGGUCUCAUCAAACCGGAUGCCAGCAAUGGAAACACUCAGGUUUUCAUCAAUGGUCGAGAAAUAACAAAGGCUGAGCUUCGAAUGUUGCAGUUGGCAGGGGUUCAAUGUGCUGGCAACCCACAUUUUUGGGUCAAUGAAGAUGGUUCAUACCAAGAAGAGGGACAGAAGAAUACAAGAGGAUAUAUAUGGGGAAAGGCUGGAACGAAGCUUGUAUGUGCACUGCUGUCUCUCCCUGUUCCUUCAAAAUCGUCAAAUUCUUUCGGAGAACAAAUCACCAAUCCGGUUAGCAGAACAGUUCCCGAUUACCUUGAGCAUGGAAUAGUUCAGAAGCUCCUGUUAGUUGGUUACAGCGGUUCUGGAACGAGCACUAUUUUUAAGCAGGCCAAGAUUCUGUACAAAAGUACCCCUUUCUCUGAAGAUGAACGUGAAAAUAUUAAACUUACCAUUCAGAGCAAUGUCUAUGCCUAUCUAGGCAUACUUCUAGAGGGUCGUGAACGUUUUGAAGAUGAAUGCCUUGCAGCUUUAAAGAACAGGCAAUCUUCUGCAGGAAACACCGCAGCAGGAAACUGUUCAGAUUUUGACGACAAAACAAUUUAUUCAAUUGGCACAAGGUUGAAAGCAUUCUCUGACUGGCUGCUCAGAACUAUGGUAUCAGGCAAACUUGAUGCUAUCUUUCCAGCUGCUACUCGUGAAUAUGCACCAUUAAUUGAGGAGUUGUGGAAUGACUCUGCUGUCAAGGCUACGUAUGAAAGAAGAAGGGAAUUAGAAAUGCUACCCAAUGUGGCCAGUUAUUUCAUAGAGCGGGCCGUUGAGAUAUUGAGGCCUGAUUAUGAACCCUCAGAUUUGGAUAUUCUAUACGCUGAGGGAGUUACUUCAUCCAAUGGGCUUGCUUGUGUUGAGUUCUCAUUUCCCCAGUCUGCUCCUGAUGAAACUGUUGAUACUGCUGACUUGCAUGAUUCUCUGACAAGGUAUCAACUAAUAAGAGUACAAGCAAAAGGAUUAGGGGAAAAUUGCAAGUGGCUUGAGAUGUUUGAAGAUGUGGGAAUGGUCCUUUUCUGUGUUGCCUUGAAUGACUAUGAUCAGUAUUCCCUUGAUGGAAAUGGUUGUCUCUGUAACAAGAUGAUACUGAGCAGGAAGUUUUUUGAAACCAUCGUCACCCAUCCGACCUUUGAUCAGAUGGACUUCCUACUGAUAUUAAACAAAUAUGAUCAAUUUGAGGAGAAAAUAGAACAAGUUUCAUUGACCCAGUGCGACUGGUUCUCUGAUUUUCAUCCGCUUAUUAGCCGACAUCGCUCGAGCAGCAACAGCAACAGUAUCAACAGUAGCCCUUCCCUUGGUCAGCUGGCUUCCCAUUACAUAGCAGUCAAGUUCAAGAGGCUUUAUUCAUCGCUUACUGGGCGGAAGUUGUAUGUAUCCCUAGUGAAGGGUUUGGAGCCUGAUAGUGUUGACGUAGCACUCAAAUAUGCUAAAGAGAUUUUAAAGUGGAAUGAAGAGAGACCAAACUUCAGCGUCAGUGAGUACUCGAUGUAUAGCACUGAGGCGAGUUCAUUCUCUCCCUGAUUGCUAAUUGAGACGGGAAUUCUAAGUCACAUUUGACUUGUUUAAUGCCCUUUUGUACAUACAUAUAUUUCUAACGAAGAGUAACAGGGAAGCGCAUUCCUUCCGCACACUGGUGUUGUAAGAUGCGCUAGGCGCCUGUAGGUUUCCCGCGGUUCAGCCAUGUCCUCAAGCCCCCGAGGUUGAGGUUGGGGUGUAAUGUUGAUUUUUUUUUUUUUUUUUUAACAUGGUAAAGUAAUAUAUUGAGGUUUGUAUUUGUAUAUUUGAUUGAUAGGCAGGCUCCUCUCAUUUACAAAUUUGAAUACCAAAUCGACUUUCGUCCAUUAAUAGAUGAGGUAGAGUCGUAGACAAUUCGUGUUCAGUAUUUUGAUUGAAAUAUUAAUGCAUGAGCUCCCAGGGGAACAUUUCCUUUUGAGG